AAUAAUAUUCUUGAAUUUGAUGCAAAAAAUAAAGUUAUAAUGUGCGAGCCUUUGGAUUUAUAAUUCCAGUACUUCCUGAACUCGACGAUCUUACGGUAGGCGGCGUUUACUUGGGAACAGGAAUAGAAACUUCUUCGCAUAUCUUUGGACUUUUCCAUGAGAUGGUUGUUGAGGCUGUUGUGGUCCUGUCCAAUGGGGAGCGUCUGUUAUGUUCUUGCAAGGAAAAUAGUGACUUGUUUGAGGCUCUUCCGUGGAGUCAUGGAACGCUCGGUCUUUUAGUUUCAGUAAAAAUACAAGUUAUUUCUUGCAAGCCAUUCGUAAAACUAAAAUAUUUUCCAUAUGACUGCCUUUCUGUCGGUAUCGAGCGUCUUCGAGCCUUCUUAUCGUUAGACUCUAGCAGCAUCCCCCAGUUCUUAGAGGGGAUCAUUUAUGAAGGCAAUAAAAUGGUUUUGAUAAUUGGAGAUUUUGUAGAGGCAGAAGAAAUGUGUAAGGAAAUUCCUGUUAAUAAACUUUGUCGUUGGUACAAACCGUGGUUUUAUAAACACGUGGAAGGAUUUAUUAAUCAGAACGCACCAGUAGAAGAAUACAUUCCCGUUAAAGAUUACUACCGCCGACACUCAAAGCCUCUUUUUUGGGAGCUCGAGCAGAUAAUUCCUGUCGGAAAUCAUCCGCUUUUUCGAUAUUUGUUGGGAUGGGCCCUCCCUCCAAAAAUUUCUCUUUUGAAACUUACGGAAACGCUCGCCAUUCGCCAACUUUACGAAAGUUGUCACGUGAUCCAAGAUAUGUUAGUCCCUUUAGACCACGUGUUGGACACUCUUGAAGUUUUCCAGGAAAACUACGAAAUAUAUCCCAUUUGGGUCUGUCCGUUCCGCCUGUACGACUACUCCACUCCUCAAAAAGAGCAUCAGUUUUUCCUUAAAAAACCUGCCAAAAAUGUUUCGGGAAAAAGUUUUGCAAUUUACGUGGAUUUGGGCGCUUAUGGAAUUCCUGGAAAAGUAAAAAAUAACAAGACUUUCGAUGCAAAAGUUAAUGGAAGAAACGUGGAAAACUUUGUUAGAAAAAUAAACGGUUUUCAAAUGCUUUACGCUUAUUGUUACAUGACGAAAUCUGAGUUUGAAAAUAUGUUUGAUCAUACUCAUUAUAGAAACAUGAAACUUAAAUAUGAUCCACUUAAUGCUUUUCCCGAAGUUUAUGAUAAGGUAUAUACUUAA